GGUCCGCGGAGCCUGGCGGCCAGAGCGGCGGCGGCGGCGGCGUCGGCAGCCGAAACGCGGGGAUGGCGGGUGCCGGGAGCGAAGCCCGGUUCGCCGGGUUGUCGCUGGUGCAGCUCAACGAGCUGCUGGAGGACGAGGGGCAGCUGACAGAGAUGGUGCAGAAGAUGGAGGAGACGCAGAAUGUUCAGCUUAACAAAGAAAUGACGCUGGCCAGCAACCGGAGCCUGGCAGAAGGAAACCUUCUCUACCAGCCCCAGCUGGACUCUCUGAAAGCACGUUUGACCCAAAAAUACCAGGAACUCCAGGUGCUCUUUGAAGCCUAUCAGAUAAAAAAGACCAAAUUAGAUAAACAGUCCAGCAGCGCUUCCUUGGAGACCCUGUUAGCACUUCUGCAGGCGGAAGGGGCCAAGAUCGAGGAGGACACCGAGAACAUGGCAGAGAAGUUUCUCGAUGGAGAGCUUCCCCUGGACUCCUUCAUUGAUGUCUAUCAGAGCAAGCGGAAACUGGCCCACAUGCGAAGGGUUAAAAUCGAGAAGCUCCAGGAGAUGGUGCUGAAGGGGCAGAGACUUCCACAGGGCCUGCCGCCGGCCCCGCUGCCCCCCAGGGUGCCCGAGCCAGCGCCCACUGCCCCCCUGCCCUACCCCUCCCCGGAGGCCAGCGGGCCCCCCUCCGCAGUGCCUCGGCGCAUCCCUCCCCCACCGCCCCUGGUGCCUGCGGGACGCUUAGCCACGCCGUUCGCCGCCGCCCUGAGCUCAGGACAGGGACCCCCGCACCCAGUGGCGCAGUGCCCACCGCUGCCCCCGCGCGGGGGCCUCCCCGCACAGCAGGGCUUCUCCCUGCAGCAGUUUGUGUUGCCACCGUACCCGCCGGCGCUGCCCCAGAGACCCCCGCCCCGGCUGCCUCCGCACCAGCCAGGCUUCAUCCUCCAGUGAGCGGCCCUCGUCCUCCCCGUGAGACUCCCUCGCCGGCGCCUGCUGGCCGGGUGCGCGCACGCAGAUGGAGGCCGUGAGCACCGGCUGCUCUGCCAGGGGCUCUGGUGCUCGGGCCAGGGCGUCCAUCUGGUUGUAGAGCCGUAGGUCAGUGGUAAGCACACGUAGAACCCUGGUUGUGGACACCUAGGCGGUUGUGCGCUGGGCCUCAGCCGGGCAUCCCGUGGUCGCGCUGGUUUGUGUUCUCGGUAUGAUUCCUCAGUCUGGCGUUGAAUUUGUGAGUUUGGGGAAAGUCGUCGUCUCCCCCCCACCCCCACCCCCCGCCUCCGUUCCCACGUAGGAUCGUGGUCCUCCCGUUGCAGCUUUAUUUAAUAAGCAUGGUUCAUCAUUUCUGCUUUAUUUUCAAGACAGUUCUGUGGGUCCCAGCCCACUGCCCACCGUGGCCUCUGGUGGGGGCCGGUCGGGUGGGCCAGCCCGGAAGGUGCUUCCUGAACCCGUGUGGGGCGGGCAGUCCUCAGAGUCCCUCCCUCCCCCGAGCCUGGAUGCUUCAAAGCCACCCUCGGAGUUUGCACUCGGCCCCCUGCCACGUCCAGGGGCCGGGCGAGCUGCGGCGGGUGAGGAGGUGGCCGGGAGCUGAACUUGGCACAGCAGAUGACGGCCCCAGCUCCUCCUCUGCCUCCGCCUCGAGCCAGCCCGAGGCUCUCUAUGAAGAAGUACUCCUCCAAUAUUUUUACUAUGUGUGUGAUUUUCCUGUUUUAUAUUGGGAAAGAAAACUUUUUUGACACUCAUAAGACCAUUCAGGGAAACUUUAUGAAAAAUGCACAUACUGUUCUGAGCAGGUUGAGAGUGCAGAUGAAGUGAACGCAGUUUCCUUUCUUGCAAGCAGUGCAUGGUCGCCCCCGCGGGGCCCGUGCUGUGCCUUAGCUUACCUGGUGCCAGGAGUGGCCGGACAGGCGCUGGGGCGGUGUCACCGGCCGCUGCUGCCCCGGCGGCUCUGCGUUCCGGGAGGGGCUUGUCUGCGUUCCUUGUUGUGUUGCAGGUGGAAGAAAAGCCCACCCGCCUUGAACCAGAAUGCCCUUAGCCAAUAUUCUCUGCCUCUGGCUGGGCCUUGGGGCAGGGGUGUGACAGAGGGAUGCCAGCAGCAUCUCAGCUCAGUCUGGAGAAAGCCUGCCCCUCAGUGUUAGGGAGGUACCAACAAUCUCCGAUGCUCUGGCAACACCCCGGGCUGUGCCUGCCCCCUGGGUUCUCAUCCGCAUGUGCCACGUGUGCCGGAUUCCCAGGGCCCCAGGCGGGGCUGGGGGUAGCGUUGCCGCCCACCUGUUGACCAAAAAAGGCCCGUGUGCUCAGUUGUGGAACUCCUGACUCUGGCCUGUGACUCCCCAACUGGCUGCUGCCCAGGUGACAGAAUCCAGGCAGAGCUCAAAUGGGGUCUGUCCCGGCAGGCCCUGGGCGAGGCCACCAACCUUUGUCCUCAGUUACUGUACGUUUCUACUCCUGGACUUGAACUCCUGCUGUAUUGUAAUUGUUUUUAAAGAGAACAGCUGUAUAGGACGAUUUACUGCCCUGCCAAUCAGGUGGGCCUGUUAACGCCUGUGUCUCUCGGGAGUGGUGCCACCAGCCCUUACCUCUGCCGCCUGCAAGGGGCGCAGCCAAACGUGUGCGCUCGGUGGUGAUGUGGGGGAGGGGCCGCCAGGCUGGCCUUGCCGUCUCCAGGGCCACAUCUGAACUGUGCUUGUAAAGCUGUUAAGACCCCUUUUAAUAAAUAGAGAAUUGUUAAUAACGGCCCUGUCCUUUAUUUGCCUGGGGACCCUCAUGACGUGUUUGGUUCUAGAGUAUCAGCAGUCAGCGUUCCAACAGCGAGGCUGACUGGUGUGGCUCUGAAGUUACAAAAACUAAAGGCCACUGAGGUGGUUGGUCUUGAUCCGAGAAUCUCAAAUAUGCACCAAAAGAGGCAGAAGGAAGCGCGCUCCUCCUGUGUCGGGGUGUCUUUGGGGUCUUAGCCGCCCUGCCAGGGCCUCAGCAGGGGACUCAGGGUGCCCCCUGGGCUCAGUUCCCCACCCCCACCCCCCACCCCCCGGCUUCUGUCCACAGGCCAGCUGCACAGCUGAUGGAAACUCUACUUAGAACAUUCUCUGCUGAUUUCAAGUAAAUGAUACAAUCCUGUGGCCGGCAUUCUGCUCUGAGACUCGCCCACAGGUGUUUAAAGGGGACCCGUGGCCAAGUCAUGCGCUGCUGGCGGCUGGGAGGAGGGACCUCACUGCCCGCUGGGGCCUUUGUGGAACACGAGCACGAAACAGCCCCGUGAAAGCUUCCCUAUCGCUGUGUCCUCUAAACAGAUGCCAUUGCCUUCGUGUCACAGUGCCGGGAGGGUGUCUAGGAGACACUGCUAUGGCUUUCCUGUAAGAGGGAAGCGUUUCCUGAGAAAUCGCCUUGCUUUUUUGUUCAUGAGAAUGUGACUGACAGUUUUGUCUUUUCCCAGUGGCUGCUGGGAAGCUUACAGCCAAAUCUGCAGUCCACCCCCCUUGGGGGCGCUGGGCUGGACAGAGCCACGUGUGAUUCCUCCCUCGUCGGGGCUGCUUUGCUCACGGGACAUCCAGGGAGGACCAGUGCCUGACCUCAGCCGGACUGGUAGGUGCUGCACGCACUGCGGGGCUCCACCGCGACGUGUGCUCACUGAGGACCUAGGUGCAGUCGGCUCACACCAGCCUUCACUGGUUUGGAUUUGGUGAGAGAACCAUCUGCUUUAGUCUGUUUGCCGAAGCUGUUUUCCUUGCAAAUAAGGACCAGACACUGCUCCCUCUCACUGCCCUUCCAGUUCACGGAGGCUAGUUUUCAAAGCCCUUUCUCACCUGACCACACCCGCCCCCUCACAGCCCCAUUUCAUCCUCCGGGAAACCGAGGCGGGGGAGUGGCGUGCUUGCCACACGGCAGGAGCCACAUGAGGUGCCCUUUUCCUCCCCGACCUGCGCCGUCCUUUGGAUCCACAAAUGCUGGUGACCUUGGGGGAGGGGUGCGGUUGCUGAGGGCAGCCGGCCACGGGGUGCUUCCAGGGAACGUGGGUGUGGGCACAGCUAGCUGCACUCUCAGGAACAUAGACGCCUGGUAAGUUCUCCAGUGUAAAGGCUGGUUUGGCCACUGCAGUCAAGUCCAGCCAGGGGUCAGGGUCACCACCAAGCUCAGGCGUGAAAUUCAGGUGAAAUCCUUCAGGUAAGAUUUGUAACUGAGGAAUCGGCCUCACCCCUCCCUCCCUGAAAGAGGCGGAGCUUCCAACAGCGCUGGGGGAGGGGGAUCAAGACCCGAGGGGGCCUCUGGCUGGGAACAGAGGCCUCUCAGAGAAGAGCCCUUAGACUCCCCAAACAAGCGUCCCAGAGUCACAAACCUCCCGGGAAACGAGCCGGACACUUCUUGGCAGAACCGGAAGCGGGAAGGUUUUCUGUGGCUCCCAUGUUCCACUGUUUCCUGCAGAAACUACGGGGGUCCCUCCCCUCCCCAGCGUACUGGCCCUGGAGAAAUGAAGAAGCAGGCGCAGCCUCUCACUGUGGGGUGACAACAGUCAAAGUGCGGUUUAUUGCUGAUCUGACAGACACUUCAACACGAGGAAAUACUACACGCAAAGCGAAUCGAGCUGCCGCCUUGUGCUCCUCUCCAGGCCGAGAUUCUUCCUUCCAGCCAGGCCUCCCUCUUCCCAGGAGGAGGCGGGGGGCUCGAGGAGAGCGCGUUCAGCCCUCCCGGAGGGCUGCCCCCUGCCCCAGGAGCACCAGGUGCCUUUGAUCUGAUCCGAAGAGGGCGCAGGCAGCUCCUAGUUUCUGGGCUUUUUCUGGCUAAGUUGGAGAGGCCUGCGGGAGGGCUGGAAACCUCCCAGGGAUGGGGAGGCAAAGGGAGGAAUGAGGUGGCUGGGCAUGGGGAGGGGCAGCCAGACCAGGGGAAAGAAAAACAGGAAGCAGGAGGGUCACCGCAGGUUCCAGCAGGAACAGACUCCAGGAGGAUGGCAGCACCCGGCCUGUCCCCCUUCCCAGGCAAGGGUCUCGUCCUCAGCGCUCACGGUCACUGACGCCCUAGAGCGAGGCCCAAGGAGAAAGGGGCGCUACCCCCAGCCCACCUAAGAGCAUCCUGCUUUGCCUGAGGCCGCACCAGGUCCCAAGAAGGCCACGAACAGGUGAUGUCUUCCCCAUGUCCCCAACAGCCAGCACAGACUGUGUUCUAGUCACCUCUAACCUCAGACCACGAGUCCCAGGGGCAGGGGAGGCCCGGCCCAAACAAACACCCCUUCCCGUAGCCCUGCUUUCUGGUGUGUUGCACACAAACUCACAAAAGAUCUAACUCAGAAUAUUAGAAAUGCUCCGUGUAUUUCCUGAAGAGCUGUGGCUCAGGCCUGCUGGGUCCUGGCUGCUCUGAGAAGUUCCUGUUGCAGGUAACUAGGCUCUCGUCCGGGAAGAACUGCUCCGGUCAGCCCCGGUCAGCCCUGAGCCCUUGCGCUCAGCGAGGGCUGGGCCUUCUCAGAGGCUCCUCAGCCACGAGGCCCAGGCCUGGCCGUCAGCCUCCCCGCUGGACCCCUCGGGCGCGGGGGUGGUAGUGGCUAGUAGUUGACGAGUGGAGCCGCGUAGCUGCCAUCCUUUUUGUCAAGCUGCAGGAGUCAAAGGUGAGGGGGCUCGGUGGCCAUGGCCAGGAGUGCCUGACAUGCCUUGCGCCGGGCCCCAGGCACCCCGCCGCUCCUUGGCCCCUGCCCCUUCCCUGGCACGAGCCCUUGGCACCUGCCGUGCUCCCUGCGUUGCUGGGGCCGCGUGUCUGCCCCCACUGGUCAGUGGCUUCUGACCGUCCCCAAGGCCCGCUGCCCCACAGGCCAGUGAGCAGAGGCCGGGACAGCACUCCUGGGGCCCCUCUGCUGUCACCCCCCACCCGCACUGACUCCCCGCACCUGCUGGUCCUGCCUGGGGGCCACGCUGGGCUUCUGGGCCAGGGGCGGCUUCUUGGAGGUCCCACCGCGGGGGGCAGCGCUGGGCCGGCCGGGCUCAUCCGCACCGGGCGUCCCCACGGCCCCGGCCAGCAUGUAGUGCUGCUUCCGCAGCUCGCCCAGCCGCACGCGCUCCACCUCCAGCGUCUUCUCCAGCUCCAGGACCCGCACCUGCAGCCCGGUGCGCGGCCGCUCAGCAGGCCCACGGCCGCUCAGCAGGCCCACGGCCUCGCCCCAGGGGCCCUCCCGCCUUCCCGGAGCUCAGCCGCGGGAGAGGGACCGGAGAGG